AGCAGCAGCAGCAGCAUUGGAGCGAUGGCGACCAGUGCCGGCAGCAGCAGCAGCACUAGCAUUUCGGUAGUCGGCGGGACCGUCGCGGAGAGGGCGGAAACGAAUAGCCCGUACGAGGAUCCCACCGCGGCGGCGCAUGGGUUCCUCACCGAGUUCUUGGACAUGAGCGAAGAGGAACUCCGACAGCUAUCAGCCAAGUACCAGUCGUUACCCCCUGGCCGAAGAGGCCCCGACGAGAUCACGGUAGCCGGACCGGAGCUCGCCGCCGCCGCCGCCAAGGCUGCGGACGAGGCAGCAGCCGCCGUUGUCGUCGCAUCAUCUGCGGGGGCCCCUUCGCCAGGCGGGGAACACGCCGGUGGAGCUGGGGCGGUAGGGGCGGUGAGAGAAGCGGCGGACCAAGCGGCGGCGAGGGCGGCGGGCAUCGUGCUUAUCCCGGAGACUCCCGCGUUGGCCUCGGUGCUGUACGCUCAGCUGGGCGUGCCGAAGGAGAGGGUGAAGAUGUUGCUUCUCAAGUGGCCCAGGCUGUUGGAGGCGGAAUUUCGAGAUCGUCGUGUAAAAACAUCUUUGUACCUAUACAGACGAUCGACGUAG